AUGGCGCAGGGGCGAGAAUUAGUGCUGAAGCCGUACGUGGACCUGGUUUCGGUGGGAAGCGGCCGCGAGAUGACCAAGGAGACCCUCGACGAUUUCAAGGACUUUGGCUGGCAGCCCCAGUUCGACAUUCGCACGAUGGACGAAUCGAUGCCGAGGCUCUUCGCGCUGCUGCCUUGCAAGGUCAGCGAGACAACCGUUCAACUGGCUGAGCUGAUCGAAGCAACUCUUCGGGAUGCGGCUAAGAGCGAUGUCGAGAUGGUCUCCGCUCGGCUUCUAUUGACGGCCAAGAACUUGGUGCAACUCUUCGUCAUCACUGCGAACCGACAUCAUAAUGCCGCCAUUUCCAGCGUUCCGCAACAGGCCGCCGUGUUCUUCAACAACUGCUACUUCCUCGCCCAUCGGCUGAUCCUUCUACCAUAUAGCGUUGCUGCCAAAGAGAUGUCUAAGAAGCCGGACUUCGCCAGCUUGCUCUCGGAGAACAUCCCUGCCCUGCGCUCACUGGCCGCCAACGCACUCGAGUCGAUGCUGGCCCAAUGCCGUCGCAAUCUCAGCACCGAGUUGAACGAUAAGACUUUGUUUACCUCAUCGACCCCGACUGGCGACCACAUGCGUGAUAAACGCGCGACCGAGACGCUCGUCCGGUGCGUCGAUCAGAUUAAUGCCGUGGCGGCUGCGAUGCGGGAUGUCCUCAGCGAGACUGUCUACGCAAAAUCAAUCGGAAAUCUGGCCGGCUUCUUGCUGGGAGAAAUCGGAAGCAUUGUGCUCUCGAUGGAAGACAUUUGCGAAUACGACGCCGACCACUCUGCCCUGGAUAUCGAUAACGUCAUCGAGAAGCUGACCCCGUUGUUCCAGAAUGGGGAUUACAACUCGAUGCAUAAGAUGUGUUCCCAGUCGCUGUUCCGCGCCAAAGAGAUUGCGUUCUGUCUGCGCGCCUCGUUGCAGGGAAUCGACGAUCGUUGGUGUGAGGGAAAGGGCCCACUUGCCGACUUGUUGCGCCCGGCUGAGGUGCGUCGUCUGGUGAAGGCGCUCUUCGCCAACACCGAACAGCGCAGCCGACUGCUCACCAAGUUCGCC